AUGUUUUCAAUGCUCAGGAACGUUAAUCAGUGUAUUCAUCAAUCUGCUUGUAUUGCUUGCAGAUAUCAGAAGCUUCCAAAUUUGAUUUAUGAAGGUAAUUUGAGCUUAAGUAUGAAGAGACCAUCUCACAUUAUACAACAGCGCCAUGCAGCAAAUUUGAGGGAACGAAAACGUAUGCAGAGUAUUAAUGAUGCGUUUGAAGGACUUAGAGCUCAUUUACCGACUUUACCCUAUGAGAAAAGACUCUCGAAAGUUGAUACAUUAAAACUUGCAAUUGGCUAUAUAAGUUUUUUGACUGAACUGGUUAAUGGAAAUCAGAAUUCUGCGUCUUACAAGCAUGGAACUAUUAUAAAAUCCAGGAACCAAGAUUGUUAUCAUAAAAUUAUAGUGACUAGUAAGUAUGCGUCUCUUCCGUAUUAUUUUAUGUUCAUAUAUGGGCAGAUCCGAUAA